CCACAAGCGUUCAGGCAAACGGAUGUUUUUGCUUUGUUAUUUUAAUUGAACUUUUCCAACAAAUACACAUUUACUCUUACGAACGAGAUCAUCCAUAUAAAAAAUUAUUGUGUGUGAAUUGGAGCGAAUUAUUUAGAGUUAAAGUAAAGCAAUAAUAAGAAACAAACUAAAACUGCAUUAUGGAGUUAACGUUUAAAGAGCUGGACAAAGAAAUUGCUGGAAAAAUUGACUCGCUCUUUCCAAAAAAAGAUUGCUUCAUAGAGGUAUUGCCGGGAAACGUUAUAUUGCCACGCAAGUUCAUGGAUAUUGGUGAAUCGAUCAGAGAUUUCAAAACAUAUUCGGAUGAUGUGUGGUUGGUAUCAUAUCCAAGGACCGGCUCAACUUGGGCUCAGGAAAUGAUAUGGCUUUUGGGUAAUAAGCUGGAUUUUGAGGGUGCCAAACAAAUGCAACAAUUAAGAUCGCCCUUAAUUGAGUUGUCCGCUUUGUUUAGUGAAGAUCACCAUGAAUGGGUAUCAAAUUCAUUGGGAAAUACAGUUGAAACUGUUAAGAAUAUGUCACGUCCGCGUUUCUCACGAUCGCAUUUGCCAUGGCAUUUAUUACCCAAGGAUCUAGAAACCUCAAAGGCAAAGAUAAUUUAUACCGCACGCAAUCCUAAAGAUCUUUGUGUUUCAUUUUAUCACUACUGUAAACUUAUGCACGGUCUACAAGGCUCAUUUGACGAGUUUCUGGAUUUAUUUAUUAGCGAACAUACUCCGAUUGGUUCGUACUGGAAACACGUUUUACCUUUUUGGAAACAUUCGACAGACCCGAAUGUAUUGUUUUUAAAAUACGAAGAUAUGAAAAGAGAUUUGUCAGCGGUUGUGCGUAAGUGUGCAAAUUUCUUAAAACUCGAUUAUCAGAUCAACGAUGAGGAUAUGAAACGAAUUUGUGAUCACUUGAAAUUUGAUAAAAUGCAAUCAAAUCCAGCCGUAAAUUUAGAGCCAAUUUUAAGCCAAAUUGAUGCCAAUGGCAACAGGGAUGAGUCGACGGGCAAUGAAGAAAGUAAAUUUAUACGUAAAGGCCAAAUAGGUGAUUGGAAAAAUUACAUAUCUGCUGAAAUGUCUGAACGUUUUGAUGAGUGGAUCCUAAAUAAUUCUAGAGGUAGCGGUUUAACCUUCGAUUAUGAAUAAGAAUUUUAUUAUAAUACUAUGUUAAUAGUACUAAUAUUCUUAUGUGGCACGUAUAUUAGGAUGAUAACUGUUUACAUUUGUUUAAGUACAUAUCAAAAAUAUUUUUUUCCCGAUCGUAAAGUUUUAACUUAAAGGGUUUUUAUUACCAAUAUAAUAUUAUAAAUAAGAUGUAAAAAAGUUAUUACUUAAUAAUAUACAUUCAUAUACUUACACUUACAUUAAUUUUUAUUUAUGUUUUUAUCUUUAACAUUAUUACUAUACGAUUUCUGUAAAAUAUUGGUAUUUAAUAAUCUAGCCAUUAGAAAUAAAAUUUUAACUUUGUUUACUUAAAUAAUUUAAUCAACAAAAUAUUUCACCAAGACUAUCUAGUCAACUCUAAAUUAUUCUCAUUUCGGUAACGGAAUAGUAACGGUAAUUGCAGUUAUUUCUAUAGCGGUAACUUUGCUGGUAACGGUUAUUGUAUUUAAAUUUAAUCCUGAAUUAAAUUCAAUUAAUAAAAUUUAUAGAAAUUAAAAAAA